GAAUCUCGCUCAGUACUGCCUUUGGUUGGCUAGCUGAGCGAACGAAUUGGCAAGAUAGCAGCGCCAAGGAUGACUGAGUCUGAUCGACAGAUCUGAUGUGUAGCUUCUUGAAGCUGAGGCGGAUCGAGCUGAGUAAAUUGCCGUACGCUGAGUAGCCCGCCUCGCUGCAAGGCCCGCGGCGGCGUUGCUUCAGGGCGGCCCGAGGUCUGUGCGCCAACUUGUAAAUCUUCCGCGAGUCACGUCUUUGCCGGUGACCUUCUUCUGGUACCCCAUUGCGCAAAGUAGAUGCUGUUCCGUAGCCUCCUCCAUAUCAGAUCGAUUCCCUUUCUCAAAGCUCGCUGCAUGUCGUCCUCUGACUCAUCCUCAUCAUCUCCUCGUGUGCUCUUGGUGGGCAUCGGCGGGCCCACCUGCUCGGGAAAGACGACCCUCACAAAGCACAUCCUUUCGCUCCUCCCCACCUCUCCUUCUCCCUCCUCGUCCUCUUCUUCUGCUAGCAGCUCCCUGACAUCCUUCAUAGUCCAUCAAGACGACUUUGCUCCACCCGAAUCCUCGCUGCAGUGGAAUGAAGAGGUGGGCAGUGCAGACUGGGACGACCCGGCUACCUCCGUCGAUUGGCGGCGACUGCGUUCCACACUUGCCCAUGUAAAGGCAAAUGGAGCUCUUCCGCGGGACCAUGGCAGUCAUGAUGAGUCAAACCCAUUGCCGGAGCGGGCGAUUCGUCCAGAAACAGAGGAGAAGUACAGGCAGCUAUUCAAAGAGGCAAUGCAGCGGAAGGGGGGACCCACACACGUCGUCUUCUUGGAUGGAUUCCUGCUUUACUAUGAUGAAGAAGUGAGGGACAUGAUUGAUGUCCCCAUCUUCCUGCGCAUCGGAAAGGAGCUCUUACGUGAAAGGAGAGAGAAGAGAGGGGGCUAUGUCACUGCAGACGGUGAUCGGUGGGAGGAUCCGCCCCUCUACUUCUCACACAUCCUCUGGCCCUCCCACCUCAAGGCCCACUCCCACCUCUUCAAAGACGCAGACGUCGAAGCAGGCACCGUCCUGCCCAUCUCUGCCGCUCGCACUCCCGCUUCGAGGACAAUACCAGAGGACAGUGAAAGCGCAGCCCAGAAGGUCCUUCGACUGAUUGAAGUCCAGGACCAGCCUGGGAAGGGGGAGCCUAGAGAGAUUGAUGAGAUUGUGCAGGAGGGAUGUGAGAUUGUUCUGGAGGCAUUAAAGGAGUGGAAGGGUGAGGAGGAGUGAGCCUGGAGUAAAAGCGAGGGACGAACAAGAACACUGUGGACCUUAGAUGGGCAGCGCAUGAGCGUCAGAUAGAAUUCAAUGAUACCACGUCCGCACAACAGAAGUCUCCAUAGAAUGCCCGGCAAGCAUUAUGACUAUGAAUGUAGGGGUA